CGAAUGAGUAUAUUUGAUUCCAGAUCAAGCUAGGUCGACGAUAGCGCACACGUUAGCCGUUUCCAGUCAGAUGUGGAGUCAAAGCAACAAACCGAAAGACGCCGUUCGCGACUUUAUCGUAAUGACGAGAUACGUCGUUUGCAACGACACCAACAUGAAUCUGCGUUUCGGCCAAACGGGGACCGAAGAAGCGAUUUUGCUGGCCCCGAGGUGCUGUCAUCUGUACGCGUGGAGGUCGCAGAGGAAGAAAGAGCAGCUCAAAGUCGCAAUGGAGGAGAAUGGAUGGACGAUGUCGUUUCCGGUGGCCGCAAGAUGCCGUUCACAACCAUUCACUUCAAUUCGGAUAAAAAAUUAUACGAUCAUCGUUACGGUCAAGUCGUUGUCUGCUACUCAAAAACAGGUAAUACUUUCUGGCCAACUGAUCGUCAGCAACACUUUGCUGGAACAUUUGGACCUGAAGGUAGUCGAAGAAGUGGCGAAAGAUAACAAAGAACUGGAAUUUAAGAACUCCCCAACUUAUAUCGUGCCCGGCAGAAGUAAUACUUCGUCGAUUUUCAUAAGCAGCAGAAAAAAUUAUUUUCUAAGGUUGAGGUUCUACGGCUUAGAUUCUGCAUGGACUGGAGAUAUUCCUUUAAGGGAACACGGUACCGGGUCACAACCGUGGCUAGUAAAAGGGGGUUUCGGUUUAAUCGUGAGAUGUGUAUUAUAA